UAGUACGAGGUUUUUUGGGAAUGAGCCCAAAAGUAAAUCCGUGCGGGCACGCAAAAGCCAAAGUGAACAAUAUCGUAAUGGGAUUUAACAAUCCCAACAACGCCGCCGUAUCUUGACAUCUUCGAUUCUCCUCAGCUCAUGUCUUCUCCUGCUCAGGUUGAGAGAUCAGUGGCUUAUAACGAGCACAUGCCAAGAACUCAUCCACCAGACUUGCCUUCUAUGCUUCUUGACGGGAGAAUUGUUUACAUUGGGAUGCCUCUCGUACCGGCGGUUACAGAGCUUGUUGUGGCAGAGCUAAUGUAUCUUCAGUGGCUGGAUCCUAAGGAGCCUAUAUACAUUUACAUUAACUCUACAGGGACCACUCGUGACGAUGGAGAGACGGUUGGGAUGGAGUCAGAAGGUUUUGCGAUCUAUGAUUCUUUGAUGCAACUUAAGAACGAGGUACAUACAGUUUGUGUGGGAGCAGCGAUAGGUCACGCAUGUCUGUUACUUUCCGCGGGAACAAAGGGUAAACGAUUUAUGAUGCCACAUUCCAAAGCAAUGAUCCAGCAACCUCGUAUGCCUUCUUCUGGGUUGAUGCCUGCUAGUGAUGUCCUGAUUCGUGCCAAAGAGGUUAUAACAAACCGAGAUAUACUUGUGGAACUACUGUCAAAGCACACUGGGAAUUCCGUGGAGACUGUGGCUAACGUGAUGCGAAGGCCAUAUUACAUGGAUGCACCAAAAGCUAAAGAAUUUGGAGUUAUUGACAUGAUUCUUUGGCGUGGUCAAGAGAAGAUUAUCGCGGACGUUGUUCCUUCAGAUGAAUUCGAUAAGAACGCGGGAAUUAGAAGCGCAGAACGAGUUUAGUUUCAAGUUCUAUGGCCUCAAAAUCUCUGUUUCAGUGGAGAACAAUAAAUAGAAUUACAGACUGAUCAAACUCCCUUGGCUGCGACUGCCCUGUUUCGAACCACUUGGUAAAUGUUAGUCAUUCGAUUAGGAGAUUCAUAUUAAGAUGUGAUAAAGUUGUGAUGUGUUUCAAAAGCCGAAGUAAAUACAAUGUUCAAAUCUCUUUUUCUUUUUAUUCUACAGUUCCAUUAAUGAAAAACUGCUCAUUUUCUAUCAGCUUUUAAAGAUUUACGUCGUCAAUGUGACUAGAUGAAUUGGCAAAAUACUAUUCACUAUUUAAAACUAAGUAUCCCCGGCGGCAUGUUAUUACAUUCUUGAUGAUUAUCGUUGAGCUCAAAGCGCUUGAGCCCAUAACUAUUAUGGAGAU